UUGUUAUCUGGGUAAUUAGCUUCAGACCCUGGACUGAGGCUGGCCAGGUCCCGGCUGCUUCCCGCAGGCUGUGCACCCUGACCCCAAGAGGGAGGCGAGGCCCUGCCUGUUGAGCGGCUGCGGUGCUGGGGCUCCUGAGAGGCAGGCUGCUGGUUCCAUCCCUCGCUGUCCUUUCUGCCUAGGGCCUGGUCACGGCGUGGGGCCACCUGACCCAGCCUUGCCAGGGGCAGAGGGCACCGAACCUUGGGGAGGGGAUGCCCCCGAGGGUGCCAGUCCAGCCAGCUGCCCUGCCCCUCAGGCCCGGCCUGGCCCCUGCAUUCCCCCGUCUGGUGCCCCAAGCAUCCCCCCUGGCAGGCGGCCCCCGCCAUGGCCGAGCACCUGGAGCUGCUGGCAGAGAUGCCCAUGGUGGGCAGGAUGAGCACGCAGGAGCGGCUGAAGCAUGCCCAGAAGCGACGGGCCCAGCAGGUGAAGAUGUGGGCCCAGGCUGAGAAGGAGGCCCAGGGCAAGAAGGGCCACAGGGAGCAGCUGCAGAAGGAGGCGGCCGGCGGCAGGACGCAGAAGCGGGUCCUCUUCCCUCCCAGUGUCACCCUUCUGGAGGCUGCUGCCCGAAAUGACUUGGAGGAAGUCCGCCACUUCCUUGAGAGUGGGGUCAGCCCUGACCUGGCCAACGAGGAUGGCCUGACAGCCCUGCACCAGAGCUGCAUCGAUGACUUCCGGGAGAUGGUGCAGCAGCUCCUGGAGGCUGGGGCCAAGGUCAACGCCCGUGAUAGUGAGUGCUGGACACCCCUGCAUGCUGCGGCCACCUGUGGCCACCUGCAUCUGGUGGAGCUGCUCAUUGCCCGUGGUGCUGACCUUUUGGCGGUCAACAGUGACGGGAACAUGCCCUAUGACCUGUGUGAGGAUGAGCAGACACUGGACUGCCUGGAGACGGCCAUGGCCAAUGGAGGCAUCACCCAGGACAGCAUCGAGGCGGCCCGGGCCUUGCCUGAGCUGCACAUGCUGGACAACAUCCGGAGCCUGCUGCGGACGGGGGCCGACCUCGACACGCCCCAGGACCACGGGGCCACGCUGCUACACAUCGCUGCCGCCAACGGGUUCAGCGAGGCGGCUGCCCUGCUGCUGGAACACCGGGCCAGCCUGAGCGCCAAGGACCGCGACGGCUGGCAGCCGCUGCAUGCUGCGGCCUACUGGGGCCAGGUGCACCUGGUGGAGCUGCUCGUGGCGCACGGGGCCGACCUGAACGGGAAGUCUCUGAUGGACGAGACGCCGCUUGACGUAUGCGGGGACGAGGAGGUGCGGGCCAAGCUGCUGGAGCUGAAACACAAGCACGACGCGCUCCUGCGUGCCCAGGGCCGCCAGCGCUCUCUGCUGCGCCGACGCACCUCCAGCGCGGGCAGCCGGGGGAAGGUGGUGAGGCGGGUGAGCCUGACCCAGCGCACCAGCCUGUACCGCAAGGAACAUGCCCAGGAGGCCAUCGUGUGGCAACAGCCGCCGCCCACCAGUGCAGAGCCGCUGGAGGAGGAUGAGGACGGCUUGACAGACGUGGAGCUCCGGCUGCCGCACCCCCAGCACCCCCAGGAGGAGGAUCCCGAGGUGGCCAGGCUGCACAAUGGCCGAGUGGGGGCCCCCCCUGGGCGGCACCUGUACUCCAAGAGGCUGGACCGGAGUAUCUCCUACCAGCUGAGCCCCCUGGAAAGCACUGCCCCCGACGCUCUGGCCCGGGCCAAGGCUCACCACACCCUGGCAGAGCUCAAGCGUGAGCGAGCAGCUGCUAAGCUGCAGCGUCCCCCACCCGAGGGACCUGAGGCCCCUGAGUCUGGCCUCCCUGCGGACACUGAGACCCCCCAGCCCGAGUGUGGCUCCAGGGCUGGUGAAGACCCACCCCUGCUCAAGCUCACAGCUCCCUCCGAGGAGGCCCCCAUGGAGAAGAGGCCGUGCUGCUUGCUCAUGUGAGGGGCUGGAGCUCAGGGUGGCAGGGGUCCUGCUGCCAGGCCCAGCCAGAGGCUGCCUUAGAGCCCCUGCUCUGAAGACCCCAGUGUGUGUCUUGGUGCUGCUGUGGGCAGGCAGCCAGUGUGGGACCUCCCGGCUUCCCCCAUCCAGGAUGUCAGCCUCCUUGCUCAGGGAUGGACCCGUGCAGAAGCCAUACUUGGGGGUGCCUGGCUGCAGAGACCUAGUUUAAUCCUGUGACUAUUGAUAAAGGCCUGUUCUG